UGAAUGAGCGCUAUUUGGCCGUCUUCUUUUGUAAUCAAUCUUUUGUAGUAUGUAUCUCAAAGGUUGGAUGUCUCUGAAACCUGUGUAUUCAGAUGGAUUGAUGCAAGAAAACACUCAAUGAAGUUUCAAGGUCUUAUGUUUUAGUUCAAUAAAACACUCUUUUAUUUUUUCAAAGAAACCCAAAGGACACCUUUGAUUUAUUGAAUUCCACAAAAAAGGAUACUAAGAAUCAAUCGAUCCUGAAAGAUCAUUUUUCGAGAUAAACAUUUCCUGAAUGGUGUUGGUAUCAUUGAUUUAAAAAAAAAUGAUUCUUCCAAAAAAACAAAUUUCAAAAACUCUAAAACUGUCAGAUAGGUAAUUCUUAUAUUUUUUUUUAACAAAGACUAGUAAAAUGAAUGAGAAAACUCUUGUGUAUUUGAGUUGAAUUUGUUACCAUAUCCAACACUGUAAUGAAACAGCAGGCUUCUUAAUGUCUUUUCUCAAAGCAUCAUUGCAAGAAUAGUUACCACUGUUAAAGAAAAAAUUGACAGUACUGCUGAGAAAACAAUGGGCAGAACAUGUUUAGGUGUUUCUGUACUAGCAUCCAGUCAUUUUCAAGACCAACAUUUACGCUUUCUUUUGUGUUUACGCAAAAAUCAUCCUGGUCAGAACAAAUGGUCUUUACCAGGUGGAAGUCUUUUUUGGAAUGAGCCAUUACAAGAUGGAGCAUUGCGAGAGUUGCGAGAAGAAACAGGACUUUCAACCAUAGACAUUGAGUCUAUAUGGCCUAUAGCGUUCGCGUCACAAGUCAUAUCUCCACAGUUUCACUGUCUUAUUGCAACAAUACCUCUUAAAAUCAAAUUUUCGAGUACCAACUUAGUACGAGCUAGAGAUGAUGUGAAGGAUGUGAAAUGGUACACAAAGGAUGAGAUUGCUCUGUUACAAAAAGCUGAAAAAAUACAAGGUGAUUUGACAGAACUAAUAGAGUAUGCCAUUGAGAAGCUGUUUUAAUAUGAAUUGGAUGCAAGAAUUUUUUUUUUCAUUUGAUAUUGAGAAGAAAAAAAAAGAAACACAAUUUUAUGUAUAUAUAUUUAUCUAUAUUUUUUUCUACACGUAACCAUCUUAGCCACAAUAUAUUUUUUGAAGAUUUACUAUAACAC